CUCCGCCCAGCCCCGCCCCGCCGACGCUCCGGGACCUGUCCUCGGGAACACCCAGUGCCGGGCUGCCCGCCUGCGAUUUCCCGAAGGAGCAUCACUCCGGCUGCCGCCCUCCUUGUCUCUGUCAGCAGCUCCGCUCCGCACCCUCCCGCCCGUCGCGUCCCGUCCCAGGCCGGCCGCGGAGAGCCGGCGGAUCGCUGCGGGACUCAGCAGGUGUCCGCUGCCGGGAGCAGGAGACCCUAACCUAGCGAGGAUGAAGCUGCCGCUGGUCGCUCUGCUGGUUUCUGCUUGUGUCUGCCGGAGCCGGGGUCUCUGUCCCAAUCCCCCGCCUGUGGAGUUUGCUGAACUAACCAAUGAGUUUAUUACUCAACAAAGUUUCACUGUGGGCCAGUAUGUUAUCUACCAGUGUUUAUCAGGUUAUAUUUGGAAUACCAGCACACCUAACGUUACCUUUUGUCAACCCCAAUUAACUUGGUCAAAGCCAUUGAUACACUGUGUCCCUAAAGAUUGUGGUGAGCCACCACCCCUGCAGAAUGGAAACUACACUGUUGAAAACUACGCAAUCGGGGGCCGGACACAUUACUUCUGUAAUACAGGCUAUUUUCUGGUUGGAAAAGGAAAGUCACUCUGCACUGACAAUGGAUGGACCAAGCACAGACCGUUUUGUCAGAUAAUGAAGUGUGGCCCUCCGCAGCCAAUCAGCAAUGGCAGUGUGACUCAGAGAGGAGAGUGGACGUACGGACAGCAGGCGAAUUAUUCCUGCCAUGAGGGCCAUACCUUGACUGGUGAAGAGACCAUUCACUGCACGGGUAGCGGACUCUGGAGUCACCCCCCUCCGGUUUGUACAGUAACGAGGUGUGACCCUCUACAGCCAAUCAGCAAUGGCAGUGUGACUCAGAGAGAAGAGUGGACGUACGGACAGCAGGCGAAUUAUUCCUGCCACGAGGGCCAUACCUUGACUGGUGAAGAGACCGUUCACUGCAUGGGCAGUGGGGACUGGAGUCACCCCCCUCCAGUUUGUACAGUAACGAGGUGUGACCCUCCACAGCCAAUCAGCAAUGGCAGUGUGACUCAGAGAGAAGAGUGGACGUACGGACAGCAGGCGAAUUAUUCCUGCCACGAGGGCCAUACCUUGACUGGUGAAGAGACCGUUCACUGCAUGGGCAGUGGGAACUGGAGUCACCCCCCUCCAGUUUGUACAGAAACGAGGUGUGACCCACCGCAGCCAAUCAGCAAUGGCAGUGUGACUCAGAGAGAAGAGUGGAUGUACGGACAGCAGGCGAAUUAUUCCUGCCACGAGGGCCAUACCUUGACUGGUGAAGAGACCGUUCACUGCAUGGGCAGUGGGGACUGGAGUCACCCCCCUCCGGUUUGUACAGUAACGAGGUGUGACCCUCCACAGCCAAUCAGCAAUGGCAGUGUGACUCAGAGAGAAGAGUGGACGUACGGACAGCAGGCGAAUUAUUCCUGCCACGAGGGCCAUACCUUGACUGGUGAAGAGACCGUUCACUGCAUGGGCAGUGGGAACUGGAGUCACCCCCCCCCAGUUUGUACAGAAAUGAGGUGUGACCCACCGCAGCCAAUCAGCAAUGGCAGUGUGACUCAGAGAGAAGAGUGGAUGUACGGACAGCAGGCGAAUUAUUCCUGCCACGAGGGCCAUACCUUGACUGGUGAAGAGACCGUUCACUGCAUGGGCAGUGGGGACUGGAGUCACCCCCCUCCGGUUUGUACAGCUACUCCUGAGGACAAGAAAGGGACCACAACUGUACACAGAACAACAGAUAACAGGACGCCUUCGACCACCCCCUCAAAUGCAUCAAGGAGAUUGGACAGGGCCCUGAUACCUUCCUCAGUCCUGGACCGUGGAAAGAAACAAACAUUAGAAGGGGUUUCUGGGAUCAUUGUUUGCAGCGUAUUAGUACCGCUGGUCACCCUCGUCACCACCGUAACCAUCGCUACAUUCAUUUGUCGCAGCAGGAAGCAGGGAUCCUAUAAAAUUGGAUGAGGAAUGAAGAAACAGGUGUGCUGAGCUAGCCGAUGCGCAACAGCAGUGAUGGUCUUCCACUUGUGGGGACACUCUUGUCCCCAGUUCAAUGGGUGAAGUUCACCAGUUCUGCCUGACAAUGAAGGGAAUCAGAAAGCAAAUCAGUUAUUGAAUCUUCCUGCACUUUCUGUAAAAGAGUUGUAGUUUGUCUAGAAAUAACUUUGGAAUAGCAAUAUUUUAAAGAAGUUUCAAAUCUAUGGUACCAAUGACAUAUUGAAAUGGACGUGAUGGCCUCUCCCUGUGCUGUAAUUAUUCCACAGCUCUAGUUCAUGCAACUGUCUAACUCUGAGCGUUCAAUAUUCACCAGCAGCCUGUGAUCAGUGUCCUUAGUAAACUGGUUCAGUUCUCUGUGUACCUUCUGUGUUUAUUUAUU